AUGGAUGCCCGAUUUGAUUUGGCUAUUUCUGAUAUGGUCGGAUUUUGUACUAUCGGAAUUAUUCAUGCUGCCAAAAUUCCAACGUGGAUAUGGAUGAACAACGGACCUCUGAUUGAUUUUGUUAGUGAUACUGUUGGGACGCAUUCCCCUAGCAGCUACGUACCGCCUAUAUUGACACCAUUCAGUGACAAGAUGACAUUUUUCCAACGUCUUCAAAGUUUUACCGUAUGGACCAUUUUGCCAGUACUCGUGAAAAGAUUUGUAAUUGCUCCGCAAACUGAACUAUUCAGAAAAUAUGUUGAUCCUAAUUUUCCAAAUCUCGGAGAACUUGCUGCCAACUGUCCGUUGGUUAUGGUAAACUCAGACGAGACAUAUGCACUACCCCGACCGAUACUACAUAAAAUUAUCUACAUAGGUGGUUUAGGUAUGGGUGGAAAAUCAGCAAAACCGUUGAGUGGUGAGUUCAAAAAAAUCGCAGAUAAAGCUUCAAAUAUUAUGGUUUUCUCAUUUGGCUCUAUAGCUAAUGCCAGUCAGAUGCCUGUGAGUUGGAAAACAGAGCUACUGAAAUCGUUUAAGUAUAAUUUUUACACGAAAAUUAUAAUUUGCAGAAACUUUCCAAAUAUUGAAUUCUUCGUUCGUUACGACGCAAAAGACCUGGAAGGAAAACUUCCGCCAAAUGUCCAUCUGUACAGCUGGCUACCGCAAACCGAUCUCCUCCACCAUCAAAAAACCCGAGCGCUUAUAACACAUGGCGGCUACAACAGUUUACAAGAAGCUAUAAACGCUGGAAUACCUAUAAUCGCCAUCCCUUUAUUUGGUGACCAACCCACAAACGCAAUGCUGGCUGAAAAACACCAUUUCGGAAUCACUUUGCAAAAGAGUCAAUUUUCAGAGAAGGUUCUUACAAAAGCAAUACGGACUAUCCUUCAAGUCAGCAGCUAUUCAAAAUCGGCAAAACGUAUGCGAAGUAUGGUUCAAAACAAACCUUGCAAGCCAGAAGAACUUCUGGUGCGAUGGACUGAAUAUUUAGCAGAAUUUAAGGAGCUCCCAAAUCUGACACCUUAUUCAACAAAACUAAACUUCUUCGAAUACUACUCAAUUGAUAUUGUUUUAGUUCUAACAACUGCCGUGCUAGUAAUCCUCUUUGCUACUUUAAAAAUUCUUCGCCUUGUAACCACCAAAUUACGUAGGUUACUUUCUUUAAAGAAGCGAAAGACAGAUUGA